CGCAGGGCCUGCGGGGCACGGCCUGGCGCGGAGGGGCUCGGCGCCGCUCCCCAGGGGCGGGCCGCCCGGAGCCUUCCCGCGGGACCGCGCCGGCUGCCCCCCCUUCCCGCCCCGGUUAUGAAACCGAGGGGGAGGGGCCGGCUGCUGCCCGCCGCCCUCGGCCGCGCCGGGGAGCGGAGGCCGCGGGAGCGCAGUGGCCAGACAGAAUGGCUCCAGUGAACCAGUCAAAGGACAAGAAGCAUGAGAGGGCACAUGAGCAUUGGCUGGAAGAGGCAAGAUCAGCUGGGAAGAGGAAAGCGGACUACAAGGAGCUAGGGAAUGAAACACUGGCAAAGAAGUUGUUUCUGAGAAAAACGUCCAAACCCCCCAAGAAAAUUGGUUGGAGUGGAGGUGGGUCUGUGGUGAGAAGCAACCAUCAGCUGGAGAGGCAGUGCAGCAUUGUCCAUUAUGUCUACCAGAACAUGCUGGGAGGCUCCAUUCGAUCACGGCUCAGGCAGAGUCUGCAGCUGCCCUUUCUGCGUUCUCUUGCCUCUUACCGCCUCUUUCGAACAGCAAGUCCCUUUGAUAGGAGAGUGACAUGCCUGGAAUGGCAUCCAACACACCCCAGUACUCUAGCUGUUGGUUCCAAAGGCGGAGACAUCAUCCUUUGGGACUACGAAGUGCUUACUAAAACCUGCUUCAUAAAAGGGAAAGGGCCAGGAGAUUCUCUCGGAGACAUGAAGUUCAGUCCUUAUGAGGCAGUGAAGCUUUAUGUGGCAUCAGGGGAUGGCACCCUAAGUCUGCAGGACCUGGAGGGCAGAGCGGUGCAAGUCAUCUCCCGUGCCCCAGACUGCGGCCAUGAGUACCAUAAUGUUUGUUGCUGGUACUGCAGUGUUGAUGUUUCUGCAAGCUGCCGUGCUGUGGUGACAGGUGAUAAUAUAGGCAACGUGGUCCUGCUCAGCACUUCUGGUGAAGAGAUUUGGAAGCUGAAGUUGCACAAGAAGAAAGUGACUCAUGUGGAGUUUAACUCUCGAUGUGAGUGGUUGUUGGCCACAGCAUCUGUGGAUCAGACAGUCAAAAUCUGGGACCUCAGAAACAUCAAAAACAAAACGAAUUUUCUUCAUGUGCUUCCUCAUGACAAACCUGUCAAUGCAGCUUACUUCAGCCCAACAGAUGGUGCCAAGCUCCUGAGCACAGACCAGCGCAGUGAAAUCAGGGUUUACUCAUCCUCAGACUGGUCCAAGCCACAGCAUCUGAUCCCACAUCCACAUCGGCAGUUUCAGCACCUCACACCUAUUAAGGCGACCUGGCACCCUCGCUAUGACCUGAUCGUAGCGGGGCGCUACCCAGACCCCAAGUUCCCAGGGUACACGGUGAACGAGCUGCGAACUAUUGAUGUAUUCGAUGGCAACACCGGGGAGAUGGUUUGUCAGCUCCAUGAUCCAAAUGCUUCUGGUAUCAUCUCGCUUAAUAAAUUUAACCCCAUGGGAGACACGCUGGCUUCUGGCAUGGGCUUUAAUAUUCUGAUCUGGAGCCGGGAGGAGAUGGUGGCCAAGAAGCAAGAACAUCUUUUGAAAGCCAUGGCAGUACAGGGGCUUGGAAGCUGGAGUUUGUCCAGACGUGGAGGGCAGAGGCCAGCAAACCCUGGGACAAGUAAACUCAAAGCUAAAUUACUGUCUCGAAGCUAAAUUCCUGUCUUGGGAGCUGGAGGAGAUAAGAACAAAAAAGCAAUGAUUUUAAAUCAUAGGGAAGGAAGCAAAAAGGGAGGGAUCUAGAGAACGGAUUUAAUAUUUUGGUCCUUUCUGGAUGACAGGGUAAAAAGUCAGUGUUGGCAAUGGGCAGUGUAAACUGUGCAAGGUGUUAGCCUUCUACUUUGUCCUUUCUCCUUGGACCUGAUCUUGUUUUCCCGAUUCCCUUUGCUUCCCCUUCUAGAAAUUUGUGUCAGUACUCAGUUCCUCCUCCAAGUGGAGUUACCACACAUUUUCUGAGGCACUAGAAAAACUUCAAAGAUAUUCUCAGAUCCUGCUGAAGUUACUGCUUCCAGCCUGCCACAUCUGCUUGUCAUGACUUGUCAGACGUUACCAUCUCCUGUAGUCUGCUGUGGAGCAGCUCACGACAGGGUCCCCAGCCUGUUCUAGUCAAAAUGAGUUAAGAAACCCGUUGUUAAUAAGGUUAAUGUCCUAAAAAGGUAGAAUGUUUACAGGGGUGAGGUGAUGGGUUACUUGGGUAGCCUAGGGAACACCAAGCUCUCCCAUAUGCAAGCUUCUUGGAAAAUACACAUCUGUAAAGACCUCAGGCUUAGCCUAUUCUGUGCUUGCAGCCAUUUAACUAUACUACGAGGAACAUGAUGAUGCCAGAGCUCUUUACCUGUCUCAGGGGAUGCAAGGGCAGUAUGGAGCUGGGCACCUACUGAUUGUGUAGUUUCUAUUUUCAGAGCUCUAGGCUCUUGCUUGCCACUGAUUAGGUAAUUUUUUUUUCACCCAUGCCUACAUGCUUUAGAAUGCUGGAGGAAAGUAUUGUAAAGCAGAAAUGAGCAAUUUCUUCCAAACACCUCUGCUCAAAGCCAAAUCUUAUGACUGCUGUUAAACUGAAAAGUUUUGCUUUUUCUAGUUUGUUUACAAGGCUGCCUGGGCCUUGCUGCUGUCCCGGAGGUUGAUGGAUGGAACAGGCUCCAGGCCUGCUCAGAUUCUCUAUGUUCACUUUUAUAGUUCUGCAUAAUAAAGUUUUGUACUAAAUUUAAA